CCCACACCCACUGUUUGUGCAACACAAAGCUUCAUCUUGUGUGUCAGUUGCCUUUCACAAAAAAUAAAUACUUCCUGUAAAAGAUACACAGGAACCAAGAAGAGGAAGAGGAAGGACAAGCGGAAGAAAGUGGACGGGGGAGGUGAUGGACACGUCAGAUAAAACCGGCAGCCCGGCCAUCGACGCGAAUGGUGAUUAUCCGGUACGGUGCACUGAGGAAGCACUACUCCCUUUCUUCACAGAUGAGAGUCUGCAGAUUACCAUGAACUCCAAAAACCCUCCCGCCUCCGACAUCGCUGCUCCUGCUCUCCCAGAACUUAGACUGGUCCUCCUGGGCAGGAAAGGAGCAGGGAAGAGCGCAGCAGGUAACACCAUCCUGGGUGGAGGGUUCGAGAGCGGGAAGCCCACGGAGGAGUGCGUGAAAAGGCGAGCAGAUGUGGAAGGGAGAAAAGUCACGGUGGUGGACACUCCGGGAUGGGAGUGGUACUACCCACUCAACAGCACGCCCAACUGGGUGAGGAGAGAGACUUUACGGAGUGUGUCGCUUUGUCCUUCUGGACCGCACGCUGUUCUUCUGGUGGUGAGAUCCUGCGCCUCAGUCACAGAGGCUUACAUCAAGGAGAUAGAGGAACAUCUGGAGCCGCUAGGAAAAGAAGUUUGGGAGCAUACCAUGCUGCUGUUCACCAGGGGAGACGAGCUCGGCCUGGUGUCCAUGGAGCAACGAAUCCUGACGAGCGGCCCAGCACUCCAUAGACUCCUCCAAAAGUGCGGGAAAAGAUACCAUGUCGUGGAUAACCGAAGCAAAGGAGACGGGACACAAGUCAAAGAGCUGAUAAGGAAGCUGGAGGUGAUGGUGCAUGGGAAGAAGGAUGGCAGCAGUCACCUGGAGAUGGACAGUACGGUUCUGUUGGGUCUGGAGGCGGACGGGAAGAGGAGAGCCAGGGAGAGGAGGAAGAAGCAGAGGCAGAUGGAGGAGCAGAUGCAGAGAGGGACCAUCAAAGCUGCUCUGAUGAGCGACGGUCUUCAGAGUUCUGAGCUAGACGCCCACCAGUCGUUCUCCAAGGCUCCACGACGUUUACCCGAGGUCAGGCUGGUUCUCCUGGGCGAGCGUGAAACAGGAAAGAGUUCUGCAGGGAACACCAUCCUCGGCCAAACGGGCUUCUUCCACGCCGGGGCGGUAACAGAGGAGUGCAACCGUGAGCAAGCAGAGGUGGCUAUGCGGGUGGUGACUGUGGUGGAUACUCCAGGCUGGGAGGGAGGCGUAGCGGGUGCUACACCUGAGAGGGUUAAGAGGGAGAUUAUCAACAGUGUGGCCUUGUGUCCACCAGGGCCGCAUGCUGUCCUGCUGACUCUGAGGGUGGACACACUGGUGACGAUGGGACAUGUGAGGGAACAUCUGGAACUUCUGGGCGAGGGUGUAUGGAGACACACGAUAUUGCUGUUCACCCACGGGGAUCAGCUUCGAGAGGGGGUGGAUAUUAAGCAGCACAUCCAGGGAGGGGGCAGGGACCUCCAGUGGCUGCUGGAGAAGUGCAGAGGCAGGUAUCAUGUCAUUAGCAGUGUAGACGGAGGAGGAAAAGGUAACGGAGCCUCUAGUGAGGUGACGGAGCUCCUGCAGAAGGUGGAAAAGAUGGCUGCAAUGAACCGAUGUGAGGCUUUCUCCGGCAUGGUGCAGGAGGUCAGAGAUCUGAGCCGGCAAAAGAACGAGAAGUUCACCCAACGCCUGAAGGAAAUGGGAGAUAAAAUACUUCGGCAAGAGGCAGAGUUGAAAAAUAUAAGAGAUAGGGAAAUGAAAAGCAUUAGGUGGUUUUUUGACAGGAAGAAAAAGGUGAAAUCUCCCGGGAAGGCCGACAUUCAAAGGGAAGAGGAGGAGGAUGAGGACAGGAGGAUUGACGAAAGGAAGAAUGACAUUGGGGAGUUAGAGGACAGGAUGCGCUGGUUGACAGAGGAUAAAGAGAGAGAAAUUCAGGAUCUGAGCAUAGAAAAAGAGCGACUCCGAGUCGAACUAAACCAGAAUGAAAGAGAAAGAGACAAGGCGAUGAUCAACCUGGAGCUAAAAGAGAGAGAAAUCGAAGAUCUGAAGGAAAGGAUUGACGAACAGCAACUGAAGCUGCUUGACCUUGAAUGUGCCAGUGUCGAAAAUGAACACGAGAGAAAACAGAGGGAGGAUGCCAUUAGGACAACAAAACAAGAGUGGAUGAGUCGGGUGAAGAAACUGGAAGAAAAUAUAGAGCGGCAGGAGAAAGAGAAAGCAGAUAUGAUGAAAGAACUUGGUUCUUUAAAAACAGAAAUGGACGAGACCAAAAGACACUAUGAUAAUAUUCUUGAGAGAAAAACGCAAGAAAAAAACAGAGCGAUGGCAGAGAUGGAAGAAAAACUAAUAGCAGAAGUGAUAAAACUGCACGAAAAAGACAAAGAGCUGGAGGAGCUGAGAAAGAAAGCCUCGGCGGAAAAGCAGAUAAGUCUGGAUAGCAUCAAACAAAUGGAGAGGAACAUUGAAGAAAUGAAAUCACAACAUGAGAAAGAGAAAGAGGCAGAGAUGCAGAGCAUGAAACAGGAGCAUCAGGAAGAAACGGCUAGAAAAAUCAGUGACAUUGAAAAAAUGAUGGACACAAUGAAAGUUCAACACAAUGAAGAAAUUAAUAGGAAGUUAAAAGACAAUGCAGAAAAUUUAGAAAGAAUCAAACAGCAGCAUGAAAAUGAAAUUAGAGAAAUACAGCAAGAGAAACAAAGAGAGGUUACAGAGCUGAAAGAGCAGUUUGCAAAACAAACAGAAGAACAAACGCAAAGAAAAAAGAGAGAGAUAGCAGAGUUAGAAGAAAGUUAUCGCGUCCAAAUGGAAGAGAAAAUGCUAGAAAAUGAAAAAGAGAAAGAAAUUAUUCAUCUAAACCACAACAAAGACUUGGCACAAAGGAUGCAAGAGAAAGAAAAAGAGGUAGAAGUGUUAAAACUUCAGCAUCAGGAAGAGAUGGUGAGAAAAAUGAAAGAAAUGGAAAAAGUAAUGGAGGCCAGGAGAGCUGAACACCAGGAGGAAAUAGACAGAAAAGUGACAGAAAAGGAGGAAGAUGUGAAAACAGUCCAACGAGAGUACAGCGACAAACUAAAGGAGCUGGAUCAAGAAAGACAAAGAGAGAUUAAAGAGCUGAAACAACAGUUUGCAGAAGAAACUGAGAAACAGUUGCAGGAAAGACAAAGACAGGUGAAAGAGUUAGAGCGAAAACACGCCGCCCAAAUCGAAGAAAAAGUGCUGGAAAAUAAAAAAGAGAAGGAAGCGAUGAGUGAAAAUUAUGAAAAAUACAUGCAACAGAGAGACAGGCUAAUAGAGGAGUUAAAAUGUCAGCACGUCGAUGAAAUCAAAGGCAAAAUUCAAGAAAGCGACAAAGAGAAAGAAACUAUAGUUACAACGCUCAGGAAAGAGAUGCAGGAAAAGGAAAGAGAGACAGAGCAGAUGAAACUCAAGCUGCGAGAAAAAGAAGAGAAAGAAACGGAAAGUUUAAAGAACAAGAAUGAAAUGGAGCAACGACUGGUAGAGAAAGAGAAAGAAAUCGAGGAGAUGAAACUAAAAAUCAAAGAGACAAACGAAAAGCUGCAAGAAAAAGAAGAGAAAGAAACUGAUCAUUUCAGUUAUAAGAAAGAGAUGGAGCAAAGACUGGAGGAAAGAGAAAGAGAAAUACAAGUAUUAAAAGAGCAUUUAAAUCAACUCGAGCAACAAUCGCGGCAGAAAGAAGAGGAAAGAGAAAGAGAUGCUUUAAAUCUUAACAAACAGAUGGCGCAAAGACUGGAGGAGAAAGAAAAAGUGAUAGAGGAGAUAAAACUCAAGUUGGAAGAAAAAGAAGAGAAAGAAACAGAUAAUUUAAAGAACAAGAAUGAAAUGGAGCAACAACUGGCAGAGAAAGAAAAAGAAAUCGAGGAGAUGAAACUAAAAAUCAAAGAAACAAACGAAAAGCUGCAAGAAAAAGAAGAGAAAGAAACUUAUCACUUUAAUUAUAAGAAAGAGAUGGAGAAAAGACUGGAAGAAAGAGGAAGAGAAACAGAGGUAUUAAAAGAACAUUUAAAUCAACUCGAGCAACAAUCGCGGCAGACAGAAGAGGAAAGAGAAAGAGAUGCUUUAAAUCUUAAGAAACAGAUGGAGCAAAGAUUGGAGGAGAAAGAAAAAGUGAUAGAAGAGAUAAAACUCAAGUUGCGAGAAAAAGAAGAGAAGGAAACAGAUAAUUUAAAGAACAAGAAUGAAAUGGAGCAACAACUGGUAGAGAAAGAGAAAGAAAUCAAGGAGAUGAAACUAAAAAUGAAAGAAACAAACGAAAAGCUGCAAGAAAAAGAAGAGAAAGAAACUUAUCACUGUAAUUAUAAGAAAGAGAUGGAGCAAAGACUGGAGGAGAAAGAAGAAGAGAUAGAGGAGAUCAAACUGAAUGUCAAAGAACUGAAGGAAACAUUGCAAGAAAAGGAAGAGAAAGAAACAGCAAAUUUAAAGAACAAGAAAGAGAUGGAGCAACAGCUGUCAGAGAAAGAAAAAGAAAUUGAAGAGCUGAAACUAAAUGUUAAAGAAGUGAAUGAAAAGAUGCAACAAAAAGAAGAGAAAGAAAUCGAUCAUUUAAAGGCCAGGAAAGAGAUGGAGCAAAGACUGGAGGAAAGAGAAAGAGAGAUACAAGUAUUAAAAGAAGAUUUAAAACAACUCGAGCAGCAAUUGCGUCAGAGCGAAGAGGAAAGAGAAAGAGAUACUUCAAAUCUUAAGAAACAGAUGGAGCAAAGACUGGAGGAAAAAGAGAGACAGAUGGAGAAACUGCAGCAACAUAUAAAGGAUGUAGACGAAAUCCUGCAGAGAAAAGACGAAGAGAGAGGAGAAAUUAUUCUAAAUCAAAAGAGAGAGGCAGAGCGACGACUGCAAGACAGAGAGCAAGAGAUGGAGGAGAUGAAACUACAGCUUUCAAACGACACGGAGAGGAAACUCAAAGAAAAGGAAACGGAGAUCGAAAGUCUCAAACAACAGGCCGACUCCAAGGAGACGAGAUGGAGAGAAGAGCAGAGGAGGAAGGACGAGAGGGGAGAAACCGAGAUGAACCGUCUGAUCGAAAUCAUUGACAAGAAGACGAAGGAGAUAACAGAAGCGCAACGUCUUCUUGCAGAGAGAGACAGCGAGAUCAAUGAGGCCAAAAAGACGUGUGCAAACAACUCAAAAGAAAUCGAAGAGCUGAAGGAAAGCAAUAAAAACCAAAGCAGCAGUAUGAUCGAGAUCCAACAACAUCACGCAGAGCAGGAAAAGAAGAAAGAGGCUGAAAUGUUGGAGAAACUUCAGGAGAAAGACCAAGAACUCAACCAACUUAGACAAAAAGACGGAGAAAACGAGAAAGAGCUCGUCCAACUGAGGCUAAUAAUUGAGCAGACAAAGUCCGAGCUGAAGGAGCUCACCGCCAAGGUGGAAAAGGAGACGACAAGCAUGAUUCAGGUUUACGAAAAGGAGAUAGAGCGGAGGAACGAGGACAUCGAAUCCAUCGCAAAGGAGAAGGAUCGCGCAUUGAGUUGUUUGGAGGAAGAAAGUCGACAGAGACUCUCGGAAGUCACUGAGAAAUACGAGGAAAGUCGAAGGAGAGUCGACGAGCUGCAGGAGCAAAAUGAGAAGAUGAGAAAGGAGGCGGACAAUCUCAAAAUAAAGUGUGAGGAGCUGAAGAAGGAGAGUGAAGAAGGAGUUAGAAAACAUCUCAAGGAGUAUGAACAGCAGGUGAAGAGCACUGAGGCAGAGAUCCAGAGAGGCUUUGAAGAGAGAGAUGUUCAGGUCGGUGUUUUGAAAGAGGCAAACGACAAACUGCAAGUGGAGAUAGAAAGGAUGAAAGAGAGAGAAGGUGAGGCAGAGAGGAAGAUGAAUGAAAUGAGAGAACAUUUCCAGACACAGCUGGAGGAGAAACAACGAGAGUUCAGGAGGAGACAUCAGGAGAUCGAAGAGGAAUUCCUGAAAAGGGAAAAAGAAGUAGGAGAAAGGGAGCUGGUUCUGAGUAGAAGAGGACAGGAGCUUGACGAAAAAGAGAUAGAGCUUGUUGAGAAAGAGGUAAAGUUGGAAAGUAAGGCGCAAGAACUCAGCAAAUGGGAAGCCCAACAGCAAAAAGAGCAACAAGAAAAGCGUAGACACGAGCAAGAUGUGAGCACGAGGGCGCAAGACAUCGAGAAGAAGGAAAGGGAGCUGGACAACUUGCUUAGAGCUCUGGAAGGCAAACAGAAAGAGCUGAGCUGUCACGGUCAAGACCUUCAGAAGAAGGUUAAAGGGCUGAAAGAUCAAGGCAGAGAGCUCAAAGACAGGGAGUAUUACUUAAGAAACGAAGAGCAGGGGUUGCUCAACUGGAAGUCAGAGUUGCAGAUGCGAAACGAGUACGUGAACUCCACGACGCAGGAGUUAGACGAGCUGGGGAGAGACUUGGCUUUGCUGAAGGAGGAACUUUGCAACAAAGAGAAAAACUUAAAGGAGUCGCUUAAGAAAAUGGGCAAAUGGGAACAAAAUCUUAAAGAAAGGGAGGAAAGGCUCCAAAGAGGGAAGAGAGAUAUGGAGAUCCAACACGAGGUGGAUGCUUUUGAUCUGGCAGUGGCAGUCGAGAGCUCAGAAGACGACCAAGAGGUCAGCGAGAGAAGGGGAAAGGGAAGAGGAGGAAAUGCAAAGGACGGGGAGGAUCAGAGGAUGAAAACACCACCGUCAGCUGCGGAGAGCAAUAACUGUCAUCCUGAAACACUAAAGGAGAUAGAGAUGGCUGGGGAACAGGAAGCGGUGAGAGGAACAGGAGUAGAGACGAAAGAGAUCAGUCGAGAUUUACAGUUUUUAUCUGCAAGUCACAUGAGCUCAAACAACAAAGAGUCUCCUGGAUCAGAUUUGAGGGUGGUGGUGUUAGGGGAGUCAUGGUCGUCUAACUCCCCAGUCGGACUCACCAUCCUGUGUGGGGAGACAUCCAAAAAUGAAGGGUACACCUUCAGGCAUUGGAGAGGUCAAAGAGCUGGACGACGCCUCGCCAUGGUAGAACCGCUACGCCUGAAGUGGCGUGACGGACCGGAUCCGAACAACACAAUGCAAAGAAAAAGCAUCAUUGACAGCAUCUCCUGGUGUCGCCCCGGACCUCACGUGGUCCUCCUGCUCAUGCCGGCCUUCUUGACCUGCACGCAGAAGUACAGGAGAGCCGUGGAGGAGCACAUGGGUUUGCUCGGGGAAGGCAUUUGGCAACGAGCGCUGGUUCUGUUCACAUGGGGGGAGAUUUUAGGGGAGAGCGCAGAGCAGCACAUCCUGAGGAACGGGGAGCUAAAGAGACUUGUAGAGAGAUGUGGGGGCAGGUAUCAUGUAGUGACCAGCAAGAAAAGCAACUCUGUGAUUGAGGGAUUAUUCGAGAAGAUGGAGGAUAUGGUGGCUUUGAACAGCGUGUAGAAAAAACUGUUCUUUUCAUCUUCUUAUGUGAAUAUCUUUGAAUAAAUUUCAAUUAUCUAAGAA